ACAAUAAUCAUCAGUUAGUCGUUUUAAUUGUUUGAAACAUUCUGAUCAGACAACACACGGUUUAUUAUGGCCGCACUUCCGCCCCGUAAAAAUCCCACGCCAACCAAAAUUUCCAAACAAAUUCUUACCCCACUACACAUUCUUCUUCAAAUGGGCUUCCCAAAGCAUCGUGCGGAAAAGGCACUGGCUGCUACCGGGAACCGAGGGGUGCAGGUGCAGUUGGCCUCUGACUGGCUUCUGGCACACGUUAACGAUCCAUUUUUGGAUGAAUGUGCACCUCGCGAAUACAUAUUGUAUGUUUGCCCAACUGGUCCAUUUCUGCAGCAACUGGAAAAGUUUUGGUCACAGUCGAGGGAAGCUUGCGGUUGGAAUGGAGCCCACAAUUUCACUCCUCACAUUACCCUAGUGUCCUUUUUUAAGGCACCGGAUGAAUGUGCACCUCAAUUGUCUAAAGCCUUAAAGGAACUAAUGAAUCUUCCCGGGGCUCGCCUGGACCGUCCUAUAGCCCUGGAACUGUAUAUGAGCCCGAAUUUUAUGGGAUUCUUUGUCGCAGAAGAUGACGCCAAUUAUCUGAAACGCCUCGCCCUACAAUAUGUUAAGGAAGUGUCUCACUCAAUAAUUAGUGACACGUAUGAGCAGCUAGAUGCACUGGUAACCUGUUUUCCAUGGUGCGGGGGAGUAACUUCAGCUCGGUGCAUUCCGCGUAGCAGUCGAUCCAUCUCGCUGGAACCUCACGUAAAAUCCCUACAUCUUACGCUGGCGUACCAGUUUGCGACAGGACAGUUUAAUUGCCUGAAGUCAUUGGUUGAAAAACUUGACACAUCUUGUACGGAAGCAAAUUGGGAGCUAAGGCUGUAUUCGCGCGAUCCACGAUUAGCUUCCAAACAGGUUCAUAAAGUGCUGUACCCUCACACACCACGCGAACCAGACGAACUAGAACUACGUAUUGGUGAUUACAUUUAUCUAAAUCAGGAAGCUAUCCAAGCCUCGUCGGAUGGCUGGGUUGAAGGUAUUUCUUGGUUAACUGGAACCAGUGGUUAUCUACCAGAAAAUUACACAGAGCGGACGGCUGAAUCCGAUGCCUGGACAAUGCACCGUACUGUGUCUUUAUGCGAUACUAGAGAACUGGAAGAAGCAUCCGACACCGUCGAUGGAGUGCGGUUUGAAACUUCGAUAUUGCAAAACUUUGGUGCAGAAGGAAACGAUGUUACAUCGCAAGAGACAGGCUCUGCAGAGCAAGCCGAUUCGCAGAACGAUCAAGUUUCGACGAAACUCGCCGCAUCGCAACCCCACGUGGACCCCUCAUCGACCGAAGAUUCGUGCAGCAAUAAAAUGUUCGGUGGCUCAAAAACAUUGGAAGAUGUGCCUUUGGAAAAAUUACACGAACUAGUGAAGAAGCGAACCUCUAUGCAGGUUAUUCCCGGUGAUGGAAGCAGUCGCCAGGAAAAUUCGCUCAAACAGGAUACAGGUAAUCGAAAAGUGUACAUAAUGCGUCAUGGAGAACGUAUCGAUUUCACAUUUGGUACAUGGGUACCCUACUGUUUCGACGAAAUGGGAAAAUACCUGCGGAAAGACCUCAACAUGCCAAAAACGCUGCCUGUAAGGAACCCUACUCUUUGGCAAAAAGAUUCUCCACUCACUAACGUAGGCCGCUAUCAAGCUCGGCUCGUGGGAGAAGGCAUGAAAGAUGCAGGUGUCAAAAUUGAUGCGGUGUACAGCUCGCCGUCGUUUCGUUGCAUUCAGACAGCUACUUCGUGUCUUGAAGGUCUUGGUUUGAAAACAUCUCUACCGAUUCAUGUCGAACCUGGCCUAUUUGAAUGGAUGGCGUGGUAUCAAGACGGACUUCCAGAGUGGCUUUCAGCAGAAGAACUGCUAGCCGCUGACUACAAUAUCGCCACCAAGUACGAGGCUUUGUCUGCGGUGGAAGACCUUAAGGAAUGCUUGCUUGAGAAGUUGAACGAAUUUUAUCAUCGCAAUUCGUCCAUUACGGAAAAAAUUAUUAAUGCUACCACAGGAAAUAUUCUAAUCGUUGGGCACGCCACUACCCUCGACACUUGCACUCGUUUCAUAGUUGGGGAAAAACUUCGCUCUACCAGUGAAAUGGCCAGAAUUAUGCAAAAAGUUCCUUAUUGCAGUCUUGCCGUGAUGGAAUCUGACUCAGCGGAAACAGAAGACGGUAUUGGCAAAACUAUGGGACAUUGGCGACUAAUCGAACCUCCCUGUGAUCCGGUGACACAUACCAACAACAAUCGGUUCGACUACAAAAUACUCACAACUCAGCUUUAGAGAGAUAUAUAUAUAUACCAUCUCAACCGAUUUGAUCGACGAUAACUGGAGCCAAGCGGCACAUUAUUUAUUAACUCUAGUGCUGCCUAAUGACAAAGUUUGCAUGUCUUGUUGUUAUUAGCGUAAAUGAUAUAUAAAAGAUGCGUAACGAACAUUUUUUUAUUACACAAUGAAGCAAUUAUAACAUCCAAUAUGAAACAAUAUUAUACGAUACUCGUUGGAUCGGCAUUAACAACGUUAUGUAUGCAUCGUGCAUGUAAAUUGUUGUCUUCAGUGUUGCUUAUCAUGUUUUGUCAAAACCUCCAAAAAUCGCUUACUAAUUGACAAUAACGCAAUAAUAAUAUGAUCUCAACUGCUCAUGAUGCACGUUUCAAUGGCUUAAUGUUUUGUGUUCGUAAAACACAUUGGAACUAGCGUAUGUUUUAGACAAAUAAAAAUAUAAUAAAUAAUAUUUGGUCAAUAUUACUCAAGUUAAAUUUUUACAAUAAGAACAUUCUACAAACAUUUCCCUUAAGGUAACCUAACGAAAUAUG